AUGGUGUCCGUGGUUGCUCAGUUGGCGAACCCAGGCGAGCUGUUUGAUAAAGAAGGAAAGGCAGCGCUGGUGCCGGGCUACGGCGGACGCGCUGACUUGACCUUACCCGAGAGUUCAACCGAAUGGACCAUGGCACAGCCAGAUACUGUUCUCAAGGUGUCGCAAGCCUUUCUCCAGGCGAAUCUGUCAACCUACAGUCUUGGCCACUCAAGAUACUGGGCAGACCUAUGGCAAUUCGCACUCGUUAAGACACAACUGAACAACAUGAUGCAAAGUCUCAUCCCCGCGGUUGAUGACAAGCUUCAGUAUAUCGUGCUGAAGGUCCUUGGCACUGACACUGGAUCAUGGAAAGAGAUCAAUUUGGACGAGUCAAUCAGAAUGAUCGUGGCUGGUUUGUCCGGUCGGUCCACUGUUAGGCUUCCACUUUAUUGCAACAAGGACUACCUCAAGCGGACUCUCUCCAUUAUUGAUUGUGUGACGAGUACAGCAAUUAUUGGCAACUGCAUCCCGCUAAUACUGCUGCCCAUUGCCGCGUGCCUGUCCAGCUUGCAUACUUGGAGUAACCUGAUCAAGAUCAAGAACCACAUCACCCCGCAGUACCAUGAGCGUAUGGCCGCGCUGGAGAAGGACACAGAUGACCAGCCUCAGGACCAGCUGCAAGUAAUGCUACGCUUUGUUCAGAAGAAGCGCUCACAGGAGGAUAACGAAAUCGGCAUCAUAGCCACCAGUUUAGCCGCUUCCAACUUCGAAUUUAAUACAAUUGCCAAGCUACGUGAAGAGGCUAAACAAGAGCUGGAUAGUGACAGCUGGGCCAAGGAAGAGUUCAUGCGUAUGAACAGCCACAACAGUGUCGCCCGUGAAUCUAUGCGUGUCACCUUCCCCUUCAGCAAUCGCGGUCUGCUGCACAAGGUUAUGAAAGAGGAUGACAUCACUGAUAGUGGCAUUCCCCUGAAAAAGGGCACCAUCGUUGCCUUCCUCGCCUCCCAGGCGCAAAGGGACCCGGCCAAGUUCCCGGAAUCAGACAAGCUCGAUCUCUGGCGUUUCUCAUGCAUGGUGGAAAAAGAGUAG